AUGUUGAACGAAAAAAUUAAAGCGAACCAUUAUAAAUUUUUGGUUCACAUCUCAUCACAUUUUAAUUGUGGUUACGAGGCGGGUUCCGACAUGACGUCAUGGGUGAAUCGCGAUUUUCACACUGUGGAGGAGAAAAGAAAAGAGUAUAUUUUUGACGAUGAAGAGACAGGACGUCAAAAAACCUGCUACACUGGCAUGCAACAUAAUAAAUAUUACGUCAGAAAUACGUGUAGUCGUAACGAAAUUGACAAAAGAAGAUAUUAUAGCAUGAUUAAAAUGAAAAACUAUAUUUCUGAAGGUGCAAAUUUUGUAAUGAUGAGAUAUAUGGUUAUUGCACGAUAUAUCGGUACUUUUGAGUUAAGUACCAUGUAUUUAAACGGUGAUUUGUGUAGAAAUAUUUACGAAUCAAAGGGACCUAGGGUGGUUAAAAUAGAUGGUAAUAAUGUAGAGGCCUAUAAGAUACAUAGAACGAUAAUAGAGGAGUGUGGAACAGUACAUAGAAUUGCAACUUUAUUUUCAACACAUGGAAGAAUUAUAACACAGGAAUGGGAGGGAAAUCCAUUUGUUUUAAACAUUAACCCAAAGCUUAAGUUGGAUAAUGCCGUGUUUUUACCCAGGUUCGAGUAUGAAGAACUUGAAGAAAAUUGGAAAAAUGACUUGGGCUUACUUGCAAAAUAUACGGAUAUUAAGACAAAUGCUGAAUUAAAAUGUAGAACAUACAUGCAGGACCACCCUGAAGUUAAAGAAGCCAUUGCGGAUUAUAUGCAACACGUUUUACUUCUAAAACCGUCAAAAAUAAUGGAAUUUACUUGCGAAUAUUUUAAACGAUAUUUACCAUUGCAAUCCUAUAGAGGAAACACUUUUUCGCCCGAUGAAGAUGAUUUGGAAUUUUACAUGUCUCUUUGA